AUGGAGAAGAUAGACUGUGUUUGUUACAAGAGAGUUGAAGGGGAUGAGAAGGCUUGUGAUCCCUCCCAAGGUUACAACGUUACUUGGUACUUAAGAUAUUCUGAUUGCUACAAUGAAGUCUUCAACUUUGGGGAAGAACAGGCAGAGUACUAUUUUGGGACUACAUCUGAAGAACAUCCGGGUUGGUCAGGAUACUAUGCCACAGCUUCUCUACUCUUUCCAAAUUGCUCUGAGCUCUUCAGGCCCCAGAUUUUCUAUAAAGAAUUUGUUCAUCCAGAGCCUCUCUCACCUGAGAAACAAGAGGGUGUAAAAGAUAAGAAGGAGAAUGCAGGAAAUCACACAAUGGUGGCAGAUAAAACUGCAAUGAAUGCUGUUAUUAAAACUUGGCGAGAUGGGCCAUAUAUAUUUAUUGUACAAAUUGGAGUUAUAUCUACAAAAGAUUCUACUACUAAAGUUAAAAGAACAGAGAAAACAACACCUUCUUCAAAUGUCAAAGAGAAGCUCUUCACAAUGACAGUAGAACUGAAGGGGCCAUAUGAGUAUCUAUCACUUGCAGACUAUCCUCUGAUGAUUUUUUUCAUGGUGAUGUGUAUUGUGUAUGUAUUCUUCGGGGUUCUGUGGCUUGCAUGGUCAGCGUGUUACUGGCGGGAUCUCCUGAGGAUCCAGUUCUGGAUUGGUGCGGUUAUCUUCCUGGGCAUGCUUGAGAAAGCAGUCUUCUAUGCAGAGUUCCAGAAUAUCCGCUACACGGGGGAAUCCGUACAAGGAGCAUUGAUACUGGCAGAACUGCUUUCUGCUGUGAAACGUUCACUGGCUCGAACUCUGGUCAUUAUAGUCAGCCUGGGAUAUGGAAUAGUCAACUUGACUCAAACAAUGAAACUGCUAAAACUUCGAAGAAAUGUUGUGAAACUCUCUUUGUAUCGGCAUUUCACCAACACACUCAUCCUGGCAGUAGCAGCAUCCAUUGUAUUUAUCAUCUGGACCACCAUGAAGUUCAGGCUGGUGGACUGUCAGUCGGACUGGCAGGAGCUGUGGGUGGAUGAUGCCAUCUGGCGCUUACUGUUUUCAAUGAUCCUUUUUGUCAUCAUGAUUCUGUGGAGACCAUCUGCUAACAACCAAAGGUUUGCUUUCUCACCACUGUCUGAAGAAGAAGAUGAUGAUGAGCAGAAAGAGCCAAUGUUGAAGGAAAGCUUUGAAGGAAUGAAAAUGAGAAGUACAAAGCAAGAACCAAAUGGGAAUGUGAAAGCAAACAAAGCUCAGGAGGAUGACCUGAAGUGGGUAGAGGAGAAUGUUCCUUCUUCGGUGACUGAUGUGUGA